AUGAUUUCAUUUGAUAAUUACUGCCUAGACCACCCGGUUGAACCCGUACAGGUCUUUGAGGUCGGACAGGACACGACAUCGUUUCCCACAAGAGCCUCAUAUCAACGAUCAGACCUUCGCACGGCAGAGGACACAGCAUCCUUUCUGAGAAACAACCAGAAUAAUCAAUACAAAUGUCGCCUUGUGUCAAUAUGUCAACGCACUGCCUGGCGACCAUUGCAGAUCACUAAACCGAUGCUUGACCUCCUUGUUGCGGGACACGGGAUAGGCCCAUCAUUCUGGGCGGUGCCAUCCUGCUUUUAUCGGCGCACCGAUGACUUCGAGGUGGUAUUUUGCCUUCCAUUUACAGAAUCCUGCUCUGGCUCCGUGAUUGAAAUAUCUUACACUCUAAGAUACCCCGAGUACAAGCCACAAGAGGACACAUGGGUUAUUCGCCAGACUGGAAUCUACCACCGAUACGACAAAACUACAUCCCAAAGUCUUUUCGUACUGUUCAAUCCCAAGCCACAAUCUAAAGCGCAUUCGACUGUUGAGAAUUUACUAUGCAAUCUUUGCCCCGAAGUGGAAUCCGAUCCCUUUUGGUUACACCGGGUCUUGUUUGCAACAUACUUCCCUACAUGGAGGAAAUAUAUCGCCGUACAAGAAAAAAGAUUCCUACCCCUUGCACGCAGUGCGAUCGCCAGUUUCAUUGAUGGGCAGUUGGGUCUAGGCUACGAUAGCCUCAGAACAUUGACUGGCUUGCAGACUCAAUUUCUCGAAGUUUCAACCAUCUUAGCAUCAGCGACAGACGUCCUUGACGGCCUUUGUGCCCUUAUUAGCUCCGGGUUAAUGACCUCAACAGAUCACACCGGGGUUCACUUUUACAAAAAUCAGCGUCGAGAGUGCGUUGCAAAUUCUCAUAAUGCUUCGCAUUUGCAAGAGCGGGCACAGAUUGUCUCAAAGCUGCUGGCCGACACUUUGUUGUUUCGGGAUCAGGCCCUAGCAAAGCAGCAAAAUUCGAACAUGCUACAGCUGAACAAAUCAGCUGUAUUUAUCACCACUUUGACGUUGGUAUACCUUCCGUCAUCAUUCUUGGCUACUAUAUUUGGUAUGAAUUUCUUCGAUAUGGACCAAGUCAGCAAUCGUAUUGUUGGUACGCCUAUGAUAUGGAUAUUCUUUGUAUCAUCUAUUGCCCUGACGGCAGUCACGUUCCUCUUAUACUACUGGUUAUUGAGCCGCGAUGGUGCAGCGUUCCGCGGGCUUGCACCGAAAAUCCGAAGUAGCCCAGCUUGGACUAUCGAAGGGGUAAGAAGUCGAUUCACAGGUGUCUCCAAUGCCAGUAUUGAGUUGCAGGAAUGUUCGGCUUGA